UACGACUAGGGGUACAAAAAGUUAACUUAACCUAAUGCAGGUUGCGACUUGCGAAUUACUUUUCACCUCAGGGUUGUGAUUUCUCAAUUCCAAUUUCAUUUGCAUUUCAUUUCAACCUCAUUUCCUUUCUUUUUUCCUUUCUUUUUCCAAACGCAUUUGAACCCGAAUAUAUAAGAAACAUUCUCACUCCCUGGAAUUCUCUCUGCCUGUCUCUCUCUUAAAAAUUGAGCUCGCUAAUUUCUGCUGCUCUCAGUCUCAGUUACGUAUUCAAAUCUUCAUUUCUCGAACCUUCGGUAGCAGAUCGGAGUACUAAAUCGAAAUGGCGGAAGGAGAGGAUAUUCAACCCCUUGUUGUUGACAAUGGUACCGGAAUGGUCAAGGCUGGCUUUGCUGGUGAUGACGCUCCAAGGGCAGUUUUCCCUAGCAUAGUAGGUCGUCCUCGACAUACAGGUGUUAUGGUUGGGAUGGGUCAGAAAGACGCUUAUGUAGGGGAUGAAGCUCAGUCUAAGAGAGGUAUUCUCACGUUGAAGUACCCGAUUGAGCAUGGUAUUGUGAGCAACUGGGAUGACAUGGAGAAGAUUUGGCACCACACCUUUUACAACGAGCUCCGUGUUGCUCCUGAAGAGCACCCUGUUCUGCUCACUGAGGCACCUCUCAACCCAAAAGCAAAUAGAGAGAAAAUGACUCAAAUCAUGUUUGAGACCUUUAAUGUGCCGGCAAUGUAUGUUGCUAUCCAGGCCGUCCUCUCACUUUAUGCUAGUGGUCGCACAACAGGUAUCGUGCUCGACUCUGGUGAUGGUGUGAGCCACACAGUUCCUAUCUACGAAGGUUAUGCGCUUCCCCAUGCUAUUUUGAGGUUGGAUCUUGCUGGUCGUGAUCUCACCGAUUAUCUCAUGAAGAUACUGACCGAGAGAGGUUACAUGUUCACCACAAGUGCCGAGCGAGAAAUUGUCCGUGAUGUAAAGGAGAAGCUUGCGUAUGUUGCACUCGAUUUUGAGCAGGAAUCAGAGACAUCAAAAAACAGCUCUUCUGUGGAAAAGAGCUACGAGCUUCCCGACGGGCAGGUCAUUACGAUUGGUGCUGAAAGGUUCCGCUGCCCAGAAGUGUUGUUCCAGCCAUCGCUGAUUGGAAUGGAAGCUGCUGGAAUCCACGAAACAACAUACAACUCCAUCAUGAAAUGUGAUGUGGAUAUCAGGAAGGAUCUCUAUGGUAACAUUGUGCUCAGCGGUGGAUCUACUAUGUUCCCGGGCAUUGCUGAUCGUAUGAGCAAGGAAAUAACAGCUCUUGCUCCGAGCAGCAUGAAGAUCAAGGUGGUUGCGCCUCCUGAAAGAAAGUACAGUGUCUGGAUUGGAGGAUCAAUCCUAGCAUCUCUCAGUACUUUCCAACAGAUGUGGAUAGCGAAGGGAGAGUACGAUGAAUCCGGCCCUGCGAUUGUUCACAGAAAGUGCUUUUAAGCUGUUGAUCAUGGUAUCUUUAAGUUUUUCGUGUCGACUAAAGUUUGGCUGCAUGCAGUGUGAGUUUGAUUGCAGUUUUGAGCUUAUGAAGUGUUUUUCUAAGGUCUUGGCCCUGGUUUGGCAUGUCUAGAGUAUAUUUAUCUUCUUUUAUUUCUUGGAAAAAAAAAAUUGUUAUGUUUCAGUAGGAGUCCUUCAUUGUACCUCAGCACUGUAAUAUUUUGGCUGGCGCUGAAUUUUUUACAUCUUUCUCUGCUAUCAUGUCUAGAAUGGAAUGGAUUUAUUGCAA